CAUGUAAAACUUAAUUAGACAGUAUAUAGUUUAAUGAAAUAAUGAACCCUAAAAAUGUGCUAUAAAGUUCACAUUGCGAUUUAAGUUUUUAAGUGUUAACUAAAUAGCUACAACUGCUACAAGUAAUUGCAAUACCUACGCGUUGCCAUUGUAAUACGAAAUGGAAUAGAAAUGGAGCCGCCACAUUCACACAUUGGAGAGGAACUCAUGCAUUAACUUUAAACAAAACUGCCUUAAUUAUUAGUCACCCCACCUGCCCAGCAGAGCGUAUCUCCCUAAAACCGACGAAUCUAUUCACUGUAUUAUUGUUUGCUCGCAUGUUCGCCGGCCUAUACGCUUUUUCCUCGUCGUUACUAACGUUGUCUUUUGCAUGGAUUAUAAAUUUUACAUAUCAAAACGAAAAUGAAGUGCAAAAAAGUGGCGAGUGCUAAAGUUCUCUUCGGGUGCUUCAACACCAUAUUCUUCGCGUGCGGAUUCGUGGAAGUAGUAUGCGGGUUCCUGCUGCUAGCGGACUCGCGGCGCGUGCUGCUGUCGCGGCUGCUGGCGGCACCGGACGGGCCGCUGGCGGAGGCGCCGCUGCACUACGCCGCGCUGGCGCUGCUCGCCGCCGGGCUGGCCGUGUGCGCCGCCGCCGCGCUUGGCUGCUGGGCCACCUACAUGCCGUCAUAUGUCAUACUCACAUUUUAUUUCCUGGUGGUGCUAGCACUGCUGGUGUGCUCGUGUCUGGGCGGUGUGACGGCGGCGGCGUGGCCGCGCUGCGCCGGGCUGCAGAACGCGCGCGGCGGCGCCGUCGGCGCGCUGCAGACGUACUACGCCGUGCCCGACUACGAGGACUUCACUGCGGCGCUUGACCUCGCUCAAACAGAGCUGCAGUGUUGCGGCAUGACGGAUGCGCGGAACUACGACCUGUCGGCGUGGCAGCUGCGGCGGCUGGGCCCGCGCGGCAUGGCCGUGCCGCCGAGCUGCUGCGUGCAGGCGCCGCCCGCGUCCCACCUCAACCCCGCGCCGCGCGACGCCUCGCGCUGCCAGGAGGUCACGCCCAGCGCCGAGUUCAGACACGUGGUGGGAUGCUUGGGAAAAAUAGAAGACUGGUAUCAGCAGCAGUUCAUCAUAUUUAUGCUGAGUCUGUUCGUCGUCGCUCUCCUCAAGCUCGCUAUCCUGCUCAUCACCAUAUUCUCCUGCAUCCGGCUCCGCAAGCACAGGCAGGAGAUGCACUCGUUUAUAAUGAAGCCCAUCGACAACAAGACUAAUGAGAACAUUUACGACACGAAGAUGGGCUCGAUGCGCGACGAACCAAUAAUGGCGAAGUACAUCCAACCCAAUAACUUCUACAGCCCCCGCGUGCGAAACCCGAGGAUUUUCCACAGCAAGCCCAACGAGAUGGUAUGAGAAUUAGCCGCGGAGAUAAAUGCUUUAGAGAGGAAACUGGAGAAGUUCUCGGACUACUUGUACAAGCACGAAGCCGAUUCAAUUAUGUGGUGACUUGGGGCCUGCCCUUCAAGUACUAUUUUAGUAGUAUUUUUUUGUACAAGAAAGGCUUCGAAUUUUGUCGAUAAAUCUUAAAACCUGUGUCUCACGCCUCACUAAUACGCUAUCUCGGUCAACAGCCACAUCACCAAUAGGAUUUGUAAACUAAUUUUUAUAUUAAUGAAGACUGUUUUUUUUUCCUCGUAAUUUUGAUUUAGUUGUAAGCCAUUUUGUAUUUAUAUGGAUACCGACAAACACAAUGUGCCAUAAACUGUAUUGGUAUUGUCUCCCUUCUUAAAGCAUUUUCUCCGUGCUCAUAAUUAUUGUUAAUUUAAGAGUUUUACUUUUUAUGAGAGAUUUAGACGUUUAAGUAAGUGGGUUCAUUUGUUCUUGGAGAGAAAUAAAAGUCUUGUAUCAA